CCAAAACUGCGCCCGCCUUAGUUUCUCGAAAAAGUCUUGAGAGUCCAGCUUGCCGACUUUCUCUCUCUAGAAAAGGUAUGGCCGGAGGAAGUUCGCCGUCGUCGGCAGUGCAUCCGACGCCGUUGCUGAAGGAUGAACUGGACAUCGUCAUUCCGACGAUCCGAAACCUAGAUUUCCUCGAGAUGUGGAGGCCUUACUUUCAACCCUACCAUUUGAUCAUUGUUCAAGAUGGCGAUCCUUCGAAGGUCAUCAAUGUCCCUGAGGGUUUCGAUUACGAGCUUUACAAUCGGAACGAUAUCAAUCGUAUUCUAGGUCCUAAAGCUUCUUGCAUUUCAUUCAAGGAUUCUGCUUGUCGUUGUUUUGGUUAUAUGGUUUCUAAAAAGAAGUAUAUUUACACCAUUGACGACGAUUGCUUCGUUGCAAAGGAUCCUUCUGGAAAGGAGAUCAAUGCUUUGGAGCAGCACAUCAAGAAUCUUCUAUGCCCAUCGACUCCGUUUUUCUUCAAUACUCUUUAUGAUCCAUACAGAGAUGGUGCUGACUUUGUUCGUGGCUAUCCUUUUAGUCUUCGUAAUGGUGCUCCUACUGCUGUUUCCCAUGGACUCUGGCUUAACAUCCCUGAUUAUGAUGCUCCUACUCAACUUGUCAAGCCCCUUGAGAAGAACACCAGGUAUGUUGAUGCUGUUCUGACUAUACCAAAGGGAACCCUAUUUCCCAUGUGUGGGAUGAAUUUGGCAUUUGAUAGAGAGCUCAUUGGACCAGCUAUGUACUUUGGACUUAUGGGUGAUGGUCAGCCAAUAGGCCGAUACGACGAUAUGUGGGCUGGAUGGUGCAUCAAGGUGAUAUGUGACCACUUGGGUUUGGGAGUGAAAACAGGUCUGCCAUACAUUUGGCACAGCAAAGCAAGCAAUCCUUUUGUCAAUCUCAAAAAGGAGUACAAAGGCAUAUUCUGGCAAGAAGAUCUGAUUCCAUUCUUCCAAUCUGUGACUCUCCCUAAGGACUGCACAACCGUCCAGAAGUGCUAUCUGGAGCUCUCCAAGCAGGUUAAGGAGAAGCUCAGCAAUUUGGAUCCUUACUUUGUGAAGCUGGCUGAUGCUAUGGUUACAUGGAUCGAAGCUUGGGAUGAACUCAACCUCUCUAAGGGUGAGAAAACCGAUAAGUAGGAGAUAUCUGAUCUCACUAUUAUUCGGCUCAAUUUAUUUCUUUUUUAUUUUGGUAGCCAUUUGAAUUUUCCGGCUAAACUUGGGAUAAGCUAUGCUUCUGUUAUUUAUUUAUGCAUUCAGUUUUUUUCAGUUCUGUUAUUGGUAUUAGUUAAAACAUUAUAUGGGUUUUUAGUAUACGCUAUUGACAUUUUGAGGAGUAUAUUAUCUGCCUGCAGACAAUAAUAUUAUGUUAUUUUCAGAA